UAUAGUAGUAAUUGUUAUAAUUCAUAAGUCACACGUAAACAGGAACAACGUGGUGUUCCAAGAAACCACCAGAAAACUGGCUUUCUAAUUCAUAAUUCCCAUCUUUCAACCAUUUCUCUGAGAUGAUGGAUUAUCAGUAUCUUCUAGGAGGGAUCGUGGCUUGUAGUUUCGCAUUUUUCUAUUUUGUGUAUAGUUUUGGAGCAAGAAAGGUCACAAAUUCAAGUUCGAUUCAUGUAGAAAGUAAUGAGUGCGAGAAGAAAUCAUCAGAAAAUGGAAGAUUUUCACACCAGGCUGCAGAAAGUGCAGACAUAAUCAUUGUGGGUGCAGGCGUUGCCGGUGCUGCUCUUGCUUACACGCUUGGAAAGGAUGGUCGCCGAGUACAUGUGAUUGAAAGGGAUUUGAGUGAGCCUGACAGGAUCGUGGGGGAAUUGCUACAACCUGGGGGAUAUCUGAAGUUAAUUGAGCUGGGUCUUCAGGAUUGUGUAAGUGAAAUUGAUGCUCAGCAAGUCUUUGGGUAUGCUCUGUAUAAGGAUGGCAAAAAUACCAAGCUCUCUUAUCCCUUGGAAAAGUUUAGCUCUGAUGUUUCUGGGAGAAGCUUUCAUAAUGGCCGUUUCAUACAGAGAAUGCGAGAAAAGGCCUCAUCUCUGCCUAAUGUAAAUUUAGAACAAGGAACUGUGACAUCUCUAAUUGAAGAAAAAGGAACCAUCAUCGGGGUGCAGUACAAAACCAAAAGUGGACAAGAGUUCACAGCCAAGGCUCCCCUCACAAUAGUAUGUGAUGGAUGUUUUUCCAACCUUAGGCGUUCUCUUUGCAAUCCUAAGGUUGACGUACCCUCUCAUUUUGUUGGUCUGGUCUUGGAGAAUUGCAAUCUUCCAUAUGCAAAUCAUGGACACGUGAUCUUAGGUGAUCCUUCACCCAUUUUGUUUUAUCCCAUCAGUAGCACUGAGAUUCGCUGUUUGGUUGAUGUGCCUGGCCAAAAGUUACCUUCCCUUGGCAAUGGUGAAAUGGCCAGUUAUUUAAAAACUGUGGUAGCUCCUCAGGUUCCUCCAGAGCUGUAUACUUCAUUUAUAGCAGCAGUCGACAAAGGAAGCAUAAGAACCAUGCCAAAUAGAAGCAUGCCUGCCUCACCUCAUCCCACACCUGGUGCCCUUCUUAUGGGAGAUGCCUUCAAUAUGCGUCACCCUUUAACAGGAGGAGGAAUGACAGUAGCUUUAUCUGACAUUGCUGUGCUAAGGGAUCUGCUUAAACCCCUUAGGAAUCUGCAUGAUGCUUCUGCUCUUUGCAGAUACCUUGAGUCAUUCUACACCCUACGCAAGCCAGUGGCAUCCACAAUAAACACACUAGCUGGAGCGUUGUACAAAGUGUUUUGUGCUUCUCCUGAUCCAGCUAGAAAGGAAAUGCGCCAAGCAUGUUUUGAUUACUUGAGCCUUGGUGGUGUUUUCUCUAAUGGACCAAUAUCUCUGCUCUCUGGUCUAAAUCCUCGUCCAUUGAGUUUGGUUCUGCAUUUCUUUGCGGUUGCUAUAUAUGGUGUUGGACGCUUGCUCAUACCAUUUCCUUCUCCCAAACGGUUGUGGAUUGGAGCUAGAUUGAUUUCAGGUGCAUCAGGGAUAAUAUUCCCCAUUAUCAAGGCUGAAGGAGUGAGACAAAUGUUCUUCCCAGCAACUGUGCCUGCAUAUUACAGAGUCCCUCCUAUUAGUUGAACACACAUGAAGGAAAGACAUGGAAUGUAAAAAGUUCUUUCAACAA